AUGAAAUAUUGUACACUAUCCCCUAGGCGCUGCUUUGUGGUGCCUCGUUUUGAACUCGCUACUCUCUGGAUAUGCCGGUACUUCAAAGAUCCUAUAGUUUCGUCUUCCGUACGCUCGUAUAGUUAUUGUUAUCCGAUUAGAUUAGAUCAACGAUUAGAUCCGAACUUUGGUGUGCAAGUUGAAGGAGCUGUAGUCUUGUGCGGCAUGCGGCACGUCUUGCCACUGCUCCGUAACUGCUUCAAUCGGUGCUGGAGAGGACCUUUGUUACGUCUCCAACUCUUCGUUUUUCAAGUGCUCGCAAUGGCUACAUCCGAGAACGACCUCGCAGACAACCACAGCACAGCGAACGAUUCAGCCACCUCGGCCCCAAACAGUCGCACGGCAGACCGAGAUAUCGAAGCGAUUCUCCAAGGUCUCCGUCUAACCGAAGAUGUCACAAAUGGACCCACAAACGCACCCACAACCAAAGACCAGAUGGACACGGAUACGUCUCCGAAUGUCUUCCAGGUCCUUCCACCUGAACUCAUGGCGGAGAUAUUCACCACUGUCUGCCAUGCGGACUCGGACAAGUUCCUCUCCGACAAGCAGAGGCACAAACGCACAACCCCGCUUAUCCUUUCGCACGUCUGCACCGCCUGGCGCACCCUCAUUCACUCGACACCCCUCAUCUGGUCGCACGUCUGCCUAUGCCUCUCCCGCGGCCGGCUGUCGUCGCAAAUCGACCUUCUCCUGGACUGGCUCAUCCGUUCGGGAGCCUGUCCGCUUAACAUCAGCCUUUGUUUCGAAAACGAAGACGACUGGGAAGGGGGAGAGACCGUUCCGCAGGAGCUCGUGAAUCUACUCGGUUCUGCUGCAAGCCGAUGGCGCUCGCUGAACGUCGUGCUGCCCGAGGGGUGGUACGCGUUUUUCGUCCCCUACCUCGAGCCACCAGAUGGUUGUUCCACCUUCCUCCCACUCCUCACUGCGCUCACCACGCAGCCGCUCUGGACCGACUGCGGCCAAGCCCCUACGCGCAGGAAGCCCCUCACCCUGUUUCGCCACGCCCCACUCCUCUCUGACCUGCAUUUGAAUGGCUACUACCUCGUGGACGUAUCCAUGCCGUGGCCCCAGCUCACAUCUUUGACUCUCCAGCACGUGUACCUAGACGAGUGCUUUUACGCGCUCUCGCGCACGCCAAACCUCACGUACUGCCGGCUGUACACGAUCUUGGAGAACAACGUAGAGCGUGAAGUCCAGGAGACGGAAGUACGCUUGGACGAGCUGGAGCGGCUUAUCAUGUUCGGUGCCUUGUGGCACGACACCGUGCCUCUGUUGAGGAAUCUGCGGACGCCGAAGCUCUGUAGCGUAGAAAUAUCUGCGCCGCAGGACGGGAUGUUUGUUGGGGAGCUGGGAAGGCUGUUGCAGCGCAAGAUGAGAUGCACAGGCCUUCGUCGUCUGGCCUUGACGGACAUGUUUGUCGUGGUUGAGGAUGCCAUUAAGGAGGUACAGGAGGACGGCGAGACCCAGGAGCCGUCGACACCUAAAGGUCUUCGCCCAUAUGAAUUCCGAGAGGCUCUGGGUUCAUUCGACACCCUCGAGGAGCUCGUACUCGAAUUAAAAAGCGCGAGCGCACCUCUGCAAGGGUGUUUUCUUCUCGAUUUGUUAGGCACAGCAGACUCGUCUGACCCGGCCGUCCUCCCCCAUCUCAAGAAGUUUACUUUCUCCGGACAUUUACUCUUCGCGGACCUCGUCGUAUCAGUUCCUUCCACCCCUCCACCUCCUCGCGCCUUCAAAUCCGUCUUCCCCUCGCCUCCUCCAAUCUCCAGCGCCGAGCACUCCAGCUCGGCCUCAACGGCACCAUCGUCUACAAUCCAGAACACACAGUUCCUCGAUUCUCUCCUUUCUGCGCUGGAGUUCCGGACGGACCCGCUCUCUGUGACCGAGGGACAUUUGAAGGCGACGCUAGAGACGCUCGAGCUGCGAACGGACUCGGAGGAGUAUCUUCUCGUGUUGGGCGAGCAUCGAAGUGGUCGUGAGGUGAUUGGUCAAAUAGUGAGUAGGUCAGGCCGCCGGCUGGCACUUGAAGUCGCCUCUACUGAACAAAGGUAG